CAAAAUUGUAAUAUACAAGCUGUGAAUUUAAAAAUGGUCUUAAGUCGAAAUGAUAAAAGAAAAAGGAAGGAAGGUGAUCUGGUUGAUCUUAUGGAGCCUGUUUCGGAAUCACCGAAAAGAGCUAAGGUUCAUGCACAAAGGAAAUUUGCACAAGGUGCUACGACGGUUUUUAAUUUACCACCGACACCUAUAAAGGAUAAAGAAAAAGCUAAACCUGCUGUAAUAACUGAAUUGAUUACACAUAAACGUCCUAAUACAGAAGACUUUUUAACUUUUCUAUGUUUUCGAGGAACAUCACUUUUACCACCGAGUCUAAAUUUCUUUAAUAUUGGAAGUAAAAAGGAAAAACAAACACCUAAAAUUUCGUCCAAUGGUGUAACAGGAAAGACCACUACAUCUUCGACUACUCCAGUGACAGAACAAAAAUCCGAUUCGUCUAAUCCAAAAAAUGUUAAUAAAGUUAAAAAUGUUGUGACAGAGAAGAAAGAUGCUUCUAAUGAAAUGUCGAAAAAUGUUAACAAAUUUAAAACUACGGCGUGUACAGUUCAAGCACUUAAGAAAAAAUAUCAAGAACAACGUCUUGCCAAGCAGAGAAUUAAAAGAAAAUUUAAAAGUUCUUGUAUCAUACGUACAAGAUCGUGUUCAGAAAGGCCAGUGUUAAAAUCAGGAAGUACAUUAACUUCCAAGAAAUUUCUUACCAAAUUUGAUAGUAAUAAAAGACACAGUUUAAGGAGUAGCACUUUAUUAAAUAAAUCUAAGAAGGAAACUCCUAGAACAAAACCUGUUUUAGUUAAACCAAAGAAAAAAAUUCUCAUUAAAGAAAGAAACAGCGAUACAUCUAAUCAAGAUUCGAUGAAUGAUGAAGAUGAAUUAUCUUUAGAAAAGUCAAUUUCACAAAUGAAACAACUACGUACAAUGCACAAACCAGUACAGAAAAGUAUAUGCACCAGAAGUAAAACGGAAAUGCGAAGAGUAACUCGAUCACAUAGUCAACGAACAUCUGCGAAGGAUCCUUCACGUAGACCAACGAGAAAGACCAAAGAAGCAGCAGCCGUUUAUAUGGAAAUUCUUGGAAGAAAAUUAGUUAGUCCUGAUUUGGAUAACGAUGAUAAUCUAUCUGUCGACAGUUUUCCAGAGUUACCAAAUGCUCGUAAAAUAGCACAAACAGAAAAUGAAAUGAAAGCUAAGAUCAAACAGUCGACGAAUAAAUCUGUAGGUAAAACUAAAGAUACAAGAUCAACUGCUGCAUCUACUGGUAUGACUAGACGUUCGGAUAAGGAUGUAUCUAAUAAAAUGGCACUUAAAAGUAAAAGAUUGGUUAAAGUUCAAAAAUAUUCUGAAACAGAAAGUGAGGAAGAAUCAGAGAAGUCUGUUGAGACUAGUAAUGCAAGACCUAUUACCAGACAAAGUUUAGGUAAAUUAAACAAACCUAUAAGUCGUAGUCUUAGAUCUUCUUCUAAAAAUGUAGCCACGAAAUUAGAAUCUCAAAAUAAUACGAGUACUAAUAAGAUGAAUAAAAAUCAAAAUUUAACUAAAUCUAGUAAAGAUAAAUUAGCAUUGAAACGUAAACGUAAUCAAAGUGCUAAUAAUAAAGAAUUACCAUCAGACAAGCAGGAGGAUCAAUCUAAUAAUCAAAAGGAUACUAAGAAAAAUAAUAAUAAUAAUAAUGGAGAUAAUAAUACUGAUUCGGACGAAGAAACAUUAGGAAUGAUUUUGAAUAAAUUAAGAAAGAAAAAGGUCUGUAAUAACGAUGAAAAAUUAAAUACUACUGUUGUUACGGAAAAAAUAAAAGAAACUAAUGAAUGUUGUACAAAGAUGUGUGGUACUAAAUUAGAUUUAUCUAAAAUAUCGGACGACGAGGAAUCAUUUCGUGGAUUUACUAAGAAAGCGAUUUCAACGGUAUUAAAUUCGUGUCAUACACACGCAAACGCAAAUCUUCUUGUACCCGAAGAAGAAGAUGGAAAUUCGUAUACGCUUAAAAUACAAAGUGUGUCGCGCGAUGAAAAUUCAUUAACGAUACAAAAACACAAUGUUUCAAGAAACAGUAAUUCAUCGCCAAUUACAACUAUACAAGAGCAAGAAACAGCAUCAGAUUUACCAACUUCCGUUCAAUUGCAAAUACCAAUGUUACAAAAGACGAAAGAAAGUCAAUGUAAUCAUGAAAAAAUCGAAUCUAAAAAUAUCGUCGAUAUACCUUUGUCAGCUUUGCACAUGAGAAAAGAAAGAGUCAAUAUGUCUACCGAACAAAUAGAGAAAUGGUUAAAUGAAAGUUCAUUAGCCAAGGAAGAAAGUAAAUUAGAAAUGGAAAAUAUACCUAGUUUUAAAUAUAAUGAGCCUAUUAUUAAUACGGAUAAAUUAAAAAUCGAUGUUCCACAUUUAUCCAUACCGACCAAAAUUCAACAUUUAGUAAGACCCGUUAAUGUAACACUUUCCAAAUUAGCCGAUAAAUCUAAAGAUCAUUUGUUAAUUCAAGAAAAACAUAAUUCUACGUUCCCAUUGGAUCCACAAAUUAUAGAUCUUAAAUAUCCAAAUGUUCAUAGUAGUAAGAUUAAAAUGGAGAAUACUUGGAAAGAUUUGAUUAGAGAAGACAAUCUGCAUAAGGAUUCAUCCUUCGGCGUAUAUGGAAAAACAUUUAAACCAGAUCUAUCUUUAAUAGAAUCUAAUCUUAGUAAUUCUCCGGAAAAGAAAUCACAAGGUGAAAAAAAAUCAAUAUUUCAAGGACGAAAAGGAUUUUUACCUAAGAUUAAGGAAAGAAAAGUUACAAUUAAUUCCAAUGCAUUUUCUCCUGAAAAUGAGAGCAGCGUUUAUGCAUUUGAAAGUGAUACUGAAGUACCUGUUAAUACGCCAUUCAGAAGAAAAAUUCGUGAUUGCACUAAAUCUAUGGACGUUGGAACAAUAUCGGAACAAAAAAUGUAUGAAACAACGGAAGAAAAUACGAAAAACGUUCAUCUUAAUGUAUUAAAAAAUCAAGAUGAGAUUGUUAAUCCUAAUACAAUUAGUAUCAAUACUUCUGUUGCUACUACUAACAUUGUUAAUACUAUAACAAAUAAUACUGCCACGAGUAGUACUACAACUGCCACUGCCACAGCCACAGCCACAAGUACUAUGAUGGAACUUGAAAAUAAUGAAAUAAAAACUUCUUCAGCAAAUGCAGCAGCAUCAUUGGGCAUAAACAAGCUCGAGUUGCCACAGAAUUUUGCAAGUUUAACUAACGUACAAGUAUUAUCUUUAGAUAAGUUGACUACAUCUUGGAGUGAUGUGAAUUGUAGCACUUCGAUAGCUGUUCAAGUCAACUUCGAUGAUUGCGUACAAAAGCAAGAACAAGAAGAAACAACAAACGUGACACAACAGAAAAGUAUUGAGAUAUCUACACAAACUGACAAUAGUAAUUUGAACAGUGACAAUGAUGGUCAAUUGUUUUACAUUCCAUUGCAAGCAGUUACAAGAGCAGGUCCCAAUUUAAUUCCAAGUCAACAAUUGAUACAAGGGGUUGCUGUUAAAUUGGGUACCGAAGGACCAACUGGCCCAAAUCAAAGAGUUCUUCUACGUGCAAAAUUAGUUACCAAGCCACCAUUGUCGAUAGCUCGUUGUCCUCCUGUUGGAACAGUACAACCAACAACCCGAGUUACGCAAAAUUCUUCAAUUGAAAAUUUGACUCAAUCUACGUCAUCGACUGGAUCAAAUACUGCAUUAAACAUUGUAUCAAACAUUGCAUCAAAUGCUGCUUCAUAUACUGCACCAAAUACAACUAAUUUAAUAAUGGCUCCAACUGCUGUAACCACCUCUGAAACCUUUUCUAUACCUUCGCCAACAAAAUCGCAAGAUGUUGUUGUGUCAGGAACAAAUAAACAAAAUAAUACAACAAAGUUAAACAAUAAUACAGAUAAAUUAGUAAAAGUACCGAAAAAUCAAAGAGAAAGAAAAUUAUCCGUGGAUUCAGUUAAAAUAGGAAAGAGGUCUCAAGCAAAAUCACGACAAAAGGGAUCUGAUAUUUCUUUGUUAAGUAGCAGUACACUUUCAAGUGAAAGAAUGUCAAGUAGCGAAGCUUGUCUAGUAGAAGCACCAACAUUUCAUCCAUCGGAAAAAGAUUUUCAAGAUCCUUUGGAAUACAUUGAUAAAAUUAGACCAACUGUUGAAAAAUUUGGAAUUUGUCGAGUUAUUCCACCUCCUAAUUUUAAGCCAGAGUGUAAAGUAUCCGAUGAUAUGCGAUUUACUGCCUAUAAUCAAUACGUACAUCGUAUGCUACACAGAUGGGGUCCUAAUGUGAAAGAAAUGAUGGCUAUUAAAAAAUAUUUAGCAACACAAAGUAUAACUCUUACACGUCCACCAUGGAUUGGUGGCAUGGAAGUUGAUUUACCGCAUUUGUAUCAAACAGUUCAAAGUUUAGGUGGUUUGAAAGAAGUUAUUGAAAAGAAAAAGUGGCAAAAGGUGGCAGAUGGAAUGAAAAUACCGAAAUCUGCACAAGAUCGUGUCACUAAAUUAGAUGAUAUUUAUUGUAAAUAUUUAUUGCCAUAUGAUACUUUGUCGCCAGAGGAACGUAGUAAAUUAUUUUCUGAAGUUGAAGCCGAAUGGAUAAAAAGAGAAUAUAAAACGUUACAAAUGCAAGAUACAUCUACAACUGAUAACGAAGAUGACGAAGAUGAUGAUACUUCAGAUGAAAUUGAAGAGUGUAUUGUAAAAGGCAGGAAUAUGCCUUUGAAUGCCUUCUACCGAAUCGCACGAAAUACACAACGCAUGUGGUUUGGAGAAAAUCAACGUUCUGGAAAUGAAUCCGAAGGUGCAUCUGCGGAUGAAGUUGAAUCUGCAUUUUGGAAACAUGUAACAGAAAGAAAACGUCAUAUCUGCGUGCAUGCGGCAAGCAUUGAUUCAAGCGGACGUGGUUUUGGUUUUUCUGUUGCCAAAAAUAGUCCAUUUGCUAGACAUCCAUGGAAUUUAAAAGUUCUUACUAAUAAUGCUGGAUCAGUAUUAAGAGCUUUAGGACCGUUAAUGGGAGUAACUGUACCAACAUUACACGUUGGUAUGUUAUUUACUGCUUGUUGUUGGUAUCGUGAUCCUCAUGGUCUUCCGUGGAUCGAAUAUCUCCAUACAGGUGCUAAAAAAAUUUGGUACGGUAUACCGGACGAACAUAAUAAUAAUUUUAAAGAAGCUUUAACAAGAAUGGUACCGCAAUAUUGUAAAAACAAAACUAUAUGGUUACCCUCUGACACUGCCAUGGUACCACCAGAACUAUUAGUUAGCAAUGGUGUCUCUUUGUGUCAAACCGUUCAAGAACCUGGACAAUUUAUUAUUGUAUUUCCAAAAGCAUUUACAUCAAGUAUAUGUACAGGAUAUGUCGUAUCAGAAAGCGUUUACUUUGCACAACCUUCUUGGCUAGAAACUGCAGAACAAGUAUUCAAAGAUAUACAGGACAGUUGUGAACCUUCCAUUUUUUCAUUUGAAAGAUUAUUGUUUAAUAUUAUUAAUGAUUCACGAUCUAACAUAGAUAUAUUAAAACAGAUUUUACCAAGCGUUAUACAAAUUCGUGAAAGGGAAAUAGAUCAUCGUAAAAAAUUAAAAUCAUUAGGACUAAUCAAUAGACAGCAAUUACCUUUACCUGACAGUGGUAAACGUGGUAAAGGGAAAAAGGUGAAGGAAGAUGAUGGUGAUUUUGAAUGUGAAACUUGUCGAGCGAAUUUAUUUGUAUCUUUGGUAAACAAUUCGCAAGACGAUAGUGUUUACUGUUUAACGCAUGCAUUGCAAGUGCUUGGAAAAAAUAAAUCAAUUUUGAAAAACUGUACAUUAAUGUACACAUAUAGCGAGGAUGAAUUGGAUGACUUGAUUAAUAAAUUGAAGGAUAAAAUUGAAGCCAAAUCUAAAAAAACUAAUCAAAUAAAACAAAGUAAAUAAAUAAAGUAUUUAGUCAGUCCUGCUUAUUUAAUU